AUGUAAACUUGUACAGUUUGUUAUUAUGGAUAAUGUUUAAAAUGUAAUGAUGGAUUUACUUUAGAAAUUAAUAUAUGUAUAUCAAUUUGUGGAGAUGGAUUAGUCAAUAAAUAAGAAGAAGAAUGUGAUAAUCCAAAUGAAUAAGGAUGUGAUAAUUGCCAAAUCUAAAAAGGGUAUCUAUGUUCUGGUCAAAAAUAUUCAAUUUGUAAAACUUGUGGAAUGUAUUGUGAAGAUUGUUAGAAUAUAAAUAAAUUUGAUCUAAAAUGUAAUGAUUGUAUGCCAGGAUAUUAUCCAGUUUUAGAUAAAUGUUUAAGAUGUGAAAAUAAUUGUAUAACUUGUAAAGAUUAAUCAAAUUUAUGUACUUCGUGUUAUAGAAAUGAUUGUGAGCUAUGUGAAUCAUUUCCUGGAUAUUAUACUGAUUUCUAAAAUAAAGUUUGUAUCACUUAAUUUGGAGAUGGAAUUAUUGUUUAAGAAAGAGAAAUUGUGACGAUGGAAAUCAAGAAAAUGGAAAUGGUUGUGAUUCUCAAUGUAGAAAAGAGGAUAGUUGGAUUUGUAAUUUGGAAUAACCCAAUUCAUGCCAUUCAAAAAUUACAUUUUCUUUAAAAUAUUUAUAAUAAAUAUAUGGACAUUAAUUUGUUUAAUUGCGUUUUUCUGAUCAAGUGA